GCGGUUGUGUUGCUCUGAUCCGCGAAAGAUGGGGGCCUACGGGUCCAAGAGGUUCAAGGCUGAACUGGAGUCCCUGCGACGGAACGACCCAACACUCACGGUGCUCGACUACGAGUCGGCCGGCCUGGGGGACGAAGGGGCGCGCGCACUAGCCGAGGCCCUGCGCGGGAACGAGACACUGAGGAGACUCCGGCUGGGGCAGAGCGGGCUCAGUGCCCUGGGCCUCCAGCGGAUCUGCAGAGCUCUCUGUGACACAUCAAUAGCCCCGUGUCACCUCCGGAGACUCGACUUGAGCUCUGGUACGUCGGUUGGCAACGCAGUGGGAGACAAUGGAGCCAAGUGCCUGGCAGCUCUGUUGACACGAGCCCCCUCCCUGCGCCACCUCACUGCUGGUGGGUGUGGCAUUGGAGACGAGGGAGCUAGCAGUAUCGCCCAGGCUCUGGCCAGGAACAGAACACUGAAAACCCUUGACCUCAGUAACAACUCCAUCAGUGACAUAGGGGCAGAGGAGCUGGGUACGGCCCUAACCACCAACUCCACUCUCAGGGGUCUGUCUCUCUGGAAGAACAGGGUGUUCCACUCCGGGGCAGAGGGUCUGGCCAAUGGCCUCGUUACCAACACCACUCUCACGUGGCUUGGAUUGGGGUGUAACUACAUCGGAGAUGAAGGGGUGAGGGCUGUUUCCAUAGCUCUCAUAUCGAAUGCCAGAGACUCUGGUCUUCUGUGGCUGGCUCUGGGGGGAAACCUGAUCACUGACAGAGGUGCUGAUCACAUAGGUGUAGCUCUCCGUGCUCAGAGACAUAACGAGAGACGACACAGGACCAGCAGACUCACCAGCAGUCAGAUCAGGGAACCGGACGACCCGUUUGACGAUACGGACGCCCCGUUUGAGGACGUGGAGAGUGAGACUAGUCUGAAGGAGAGGAUCAGGGGCGGUGGGUUGAGGCCCAUUCUGGAGCUGGGGGUGACCCCCUCUCAUAUCAGUAUGCUGCUGGAGGGAGGAGGAGAGGAUGUGGAGGGUGUUGAUGGAGGAGAUGAGGAUGAGGAGGGAGAGGAGGAAGGAGAAGGAGAGAAACUGGAGGAGGGGGAGGGAAUGUUCUGUCUACCACUGGAGUCCCUAGGUCUGGGAGGAAACAAGAUUGGAGACAUCGGGGCUCAGCACCUUGCCUCCGCCCUCGCCUCUAACACCAGGUUACUGAGUCUAGGACUGGCUGAUAAUUGUGUCGGGGAUGAAGGGGCGUCCUCUCUGGCGGACCUCCUGCGUCAGACGGGGUACCUCCAGCAACUGCUGCUGUCUGGUAACGAGGUCGCUGACGAGGGGGGCAGCAAGCUGGUGGCAGCUCUCACCCAGAACACCUCUCUCAAGGCCCUCUACCUCGCCAGGAAUCCUCUCGGAGACGAGGUCGGGAGGAGAUGUUUGGAGGUGAUUGGUCGCCAUAACAACACCCUGGAGACCCUCGACAUACACGACACGUUGAUGACCACACCCACUAUUAACAAAUUGGUGGAGACAAUGAGGACUGAAGGAGUGCUGAGACUGCUGGGGAGCCAGCCCCUCCCGGUGGGCGUGGUCUCGGAGACGGAGCCACACCUACCUCCCAGCGGCAACGUACUAGAGAUGGAGAACUGGAGACCAAAGAUACAAGACCCCAUCCUCAGAACCAAGACGAAGGGGCUGGCAGUAUCGACAGCUCCAUCAAACAGACAGACGACGUUGGAGGCACUGGGCUCCCUCCCUCCUCCCUCCGAGACCGCGCAGAGCCUCGUCAUGAGGGCGGGGCUGGGAGGAGGGGGCGGGGCCUCGCGAGAGGGGACCCUCUCUCGGAGCAGGAAGUGGAGUAGGCGGAGCUCGGUGACGGGGUUCCUGAAGAGGAAACUGAGUCUGUCGCGGGGAAGACCGCAAGUCAGAGACAGUUACGUGAGGGGAGAGGAGGCGGAGCGACACAGAGCCUCGUGGAGGCCUGGCAGUGCCGAUAGAGAGAGGGAGGGAGGGACGGGAGGUGUGUGGAGAGGGGCGGGGAGAGGAGGAGAGGGGGCGUGGCAGCUGGGGACCACCGGUGGAGGAUUCACAGCUGGGAGAAGAAGAUCAAAAAUGGCUCCACCAAUAGAGCUCCAACCACUAAUAGAGGAUCCUCUGGACGAAAUGGACUCUGGGAUGUUCAGGGCAGACAUGGCAGUUGGUGAGGCUGAUCUCUCCACCUCAGAAAACCAUCAUAAUAUGGACAAUCAUCACGUGGACCAUGGUAAUAGGGAGCAUCAUGAACCUCACUCCUACCUCCUCUCAGCCAGUCCUUCCCCUGACACAACCAGUCCUACAUCUACUACUCCAGCCAGUCUGCCUACUAGUGUUACUCCUGCUACUCCAGCCAGUCUGCCUACUAGUGUUUCUCCUACUACUCCAGCCACAUGGCCUACUGGUGUUGGCUCCACUAGUGUCUUUACUGAUGAUGUCACCGACAAUGGCAGUGGAUCUAGUGAUAUGGAGCGGAGACAGAGAGGUUUGGAAUCGGGACGUGAACAGUCAACGAGGAAGAAGAGUGACGUGGAAUCGGGACGUGGAGAGCCGACAAGGAGGAAGAGUGGUUUGGAAUCGAGACGUGGAGAGGAGACGAGGAGACAGAGGAGGAGUGGUGUGUGGAACGGAGGAAUGGGAAUGGAAGGAGGCGGAGACCGGAGGUCAAAGAGGUCACCGCGAGACUCUCUACUGGAUUCUGUUCCGAGGGAGUCAUUGCUACACUCCCUCACCACCGACAGACCACACCCACCUGCUAAUAGGAGACCACCCAGUCGAGAUCGCUCUCCCUCUCCCUCUCCUCUCCACCUACCACCUGACAUCCAGGAAGAACGUGAAGAAGAGAGAGACGUCUUUGCCAGCAACUCCACCAGUCAGAUACUGACCAUGGCAACUCCCAUUCACACCACUGAGGACGAGGGACCCAGAGGAGGAAGAACAGCAUUGACACCAAACCUCUCAAGGAACAGUGGUUCAUAGCCCUCCGUAAGAGAGUUGGGAUACUGAAGAUGGGAGGGUUCCUGCACUCUGGCUUCCAGACCCUCUCCUCCUCUCCCUCCUCCUCCUCUCCUCUUCCUCCGACUACACCAUUGCUCGUCUGCCUAGAAACAUCUCCAAGUGCCGGCCGGGGGCUCCCCUCCCUCCCACCUCCUCUCGAGUGAAGCUACAGCUGGUGUUCGAAGAGGUUGGAUCGGAUUUCAUCAACGCCAGCUACCUCGGCCGUCCUCCAUGGCCACAAGAGUUCAUUGCCACUCAGGUUCCUCUUCAGUCCACCGUCCCCGACUUCUGGAGAAUGAUGUGGGAGCAGAGGGUGUCGGUUGCCAUGGUGCUGGGAGAGCUGGGGGGUGUUGUGGGGGUGUGGCCAGGUAAAGGGGCGGAGUCUCGCCACUCCCUCGUCGUCAACGGCUCCUGGCAAGAAGGAGCUCUCUCUGUCACUGGGAUACAGGAAUAUCCAGGAACAAUCCCGACUCUAACGGUUCACCAAUUCUCAUUGACCAGCUCAAUCGACUCUGAGACAGACUAUCUCACUCUCUACCACUUCACCGGUUGGCCUGACGGCGGUGUGCCGCAGACCCCUCGACUCCUGCCCAGUCUCGUUCAUCUCCUCCUGGCAGCCAGGCAGCAGCAGACUGUCCCUGGGCCUGUGUGUGUGAUGAGUACCAAUGGAGGGGGCCGAACUGGGUGUCUGUGUGCUCUUGCUUGUGCCUAUCAGAUGAUGACUGACCCCAUUCCCGAACCACUGUCAUGGGAACCUGACCAGAAUAUACUGGACCAGGUGAUUAGAGGGCUGAGGAAGAUGAGGGGAGGACUGGUGGCCACCCAGAGACAGUUCGAGUGUCUCCAUCUGUCACUGGAGACUAUGGUGACAGUGGGGAUGGGGGGAGGGGAGGAGGGGGAGGAGGAGGAGGGGGAGGGGCAACAGCGGAAACCAAAGAAGAAGAGCAAGAGAUCAAAAGGUGAGCAGUCAUACUUGUGUUGUGUCGUGGUGUCAGGAAGCAGUAGUAAAGACUUACGUACUUUCACAACCGUAGCUACCAUGUAGUUGUGAUGCCUGUGUGUGUGUGUGUGUGUGUGACCCAGGGAACAAGAAGGAGAAGACCUCCUCCAAAAGGUCCAAGAGGCAGUCAGCGGGGAGGGGGAAGAGAGGAGGAGGAGAGAGCCUGCUGCCAGAGGGAGAAGAAGGCCCAAUGUGGGACGACCAACUCCGCUCGCAGAUGAUGAUGUUCUAACUCUAGAUCUUCUAACCCACUCUCUCAUUUUACAGGACUGUUCAUGUGUAAAAAUAGUAAAAAAAUAGUAA